UUUAGUUGAUUCGAUUUAUUGAUAAAUAGCAGCGUAGAAUUAAAUAUUCAAAUUCGACAUUUUUUUAUUAUUCCAGAAUUUCAAACCGUUGGUAAAAAAAAUAUCAGUAAUUAAAAAAAUUCCAAGUAAUUUUAAAUAUUUAUUUAAUUAAAAAAAAAUUAUUAUUGAUUGGUAAUAAAAUUAUCCAACAGUAAUAAAAAUAUUUAAUUUAAUUGGCCGACGUGUCAACUGAAGUUGCUGAUGCGCUAGAAGAGGUUAGAGACUGGAGUAUAAAUAAAUAAAAUACCAAGAUGUCAUGGAUGCGGGAGAACACUUUGAACUGUUUGCAAUCAUGUGCAGUGAAAGUUAUCAAAAGUGGACACGUACCUCGACAUGUUGCUUUUAUAAUGGACGGGAACAGGCGAUACGCAAGUAAGAAAAAUUACAACAGUUUUAUCCAAGGCCACACUGAAGGGUUUGAUAAAUUAGCGGAAACUCUGCAGUGGUGUCUGGAUCUUGGAGUGAAGGAAGUGACAGUCUACGCAUUCAGCAUCGAGAACUUCAAGCGAAGCAAAGAGGAAGUGGACGAGCUGAUGACGUUGGCUGAGAACAAGUUCCAGAAGCUGCUGGACGAGCGGGAGAAACUUAUGGAGCAUGGGGUCAGGAUUUGCGUCAUUGGAAACCUGACCCUGAUACCGGAGAACGUGAGGAAGCUCAUGGACGAAGCAGUAUUAAUUACCAAAGACAAUUCCAAGGCUCUGCUGAACGUCGCCUUUGCAUACACGUCCAGGGAUGAAAUCGUCGAAACCAUAAAAGUGAUGGCAGAAAAAGUUUCCAGCAGCCAAGUGCUUCCUGAUGACAUUGAUGAGAAAUUAUUUUCGGAGCACAUGUACACCAGACAGUCCUCCGAUCCUGAUUUAAUCAUUCGUACCUCGGGUGAAGUGAGAUUCAGUGACUUUCUUCUCUGGCAGUUUAGUUACUCGUAUAUAUAUUUUUCUAAAUCGUUUUGGCCUGAGUUUAAUAUAUGGGAUUUUUUGACUGCGAUUUUUUAUUACCAGCGAAACGCUGAUGAGUUACAAAGACUUCGAUGUUACGGAGAGACAGAAAAUAAAGUUUGAUAUUUUUGUUAAUUAAUUUGAACAUUAUCGAGUGUAAGGAACUUGAGUACUGUCAUUUUUGGCACCCGGGAACUGGGCACGUAAAAAUUCAAAUUUUUUUAAAAUUCUGAUUCUAGAUGAAGAGCUGGGUUAGUAAUAAAAAAUUUGAUUACUCGCCCUGAUGACUUCUGGUAUCUUUUGCUAUGGAUACUUUGUUGUAAAAGAGGUGCAUAAUUAAAAUGUAGAAUUUUCAAAUGAAUAAAAUUGUAAAAAGUAUUUUUUAAAAUAUUUAAUAAAACUUAUAAAUAUAUCAAUUAUAUCAAAUAGAUUUU